AUGGGCCACGUCUUCGGUAUCUCCGCUAUCAUCGACCUUUGCGAUAGCACACUCCUAUCGCCCGUCCUACAUCCCACGGCAGCGCUCGACAUUCAACGCCAUCCCAGCGCCCGGAUACCUUGGAGCUGCAUCGACCGGAUGGAAAGUCUGCCGCACGUCAGUGGCGAAACCGCCCGGCCCAUCAAGAUUCUCCUCAUCCAGCCAAACUCCUCCCAACACAUGACCGAUGGCUGUCUGCGCAGUGUACAGGGAAGUCUACCGCCGAACGUGACGGUCUACGGCUUCACCGGUCCGGAGACAAGCCCCAGUGCCAUCGAGGGCAGAGUGGACUGGGUCCUCUCUGCAUCCGAUUGCUUCCGGGGCCUGUCGCGGCUUUUGGGGUCCUCCCACGAUUUUGACGCCUUCCUGGUAGCCUGCUUCUCGGCCCACCCGCUCAUCGACAUGCUACGCGAGGAGUACGCUCAGCCGACCAUCGGCAUCAUGGAGGCCGCUCUGUACGCGAGCCGCAUGUGCGGUGACCGCCUGGGAAUCUUGACCACGAGCGAGCGUUCCAGCCUGCUGCACGCUCAGUCGGCCGCCCAGGUAUACGGGCUCGGAGCUUUCUCCGUCGGGUGUGAGACCGGCCAUGUCUCGGUACUCGAGCUCGAGUCGGAGCCGAGACAGCUGGUCACGGCUAACCUAGCCUCAGCCGCCAAGAGAUUGACGGCCCGGGGCGCUGACUGUAUCUGCCUCGGAUGCUCUGGCAUGACCGAGCUAGUUGAGGCCUGCGAGGAGGCUGUGGCAGAGAGUUCGCAGGAUACACCUUUGGUCAACAUUGUCGACGGUGUGGUUACCGGUGUUCACAUGCUCACCGCCUUGGUCAACUCGGGGUUGAAGACGGCCAAGGGCGGCGCGUACCGCAGCUCGGCGGCUGGGAGGGCACGCAGGGGACAGGACUGGAUCUGA